GGUUUCACCAACGGCUGGUUGUAGUUUCCAAGCGAAGGAGAAGAGCACCAGCAGUGGAGGCGCAAAAAGAUGCGUCAGCAGUUCUGACUAUGACAAUGCUAAAAUGACAGCAGCCUAAACGUUUAGCCGAACUUCACCGGACCUGUUUGGGAACACGGUGGCAAUGCAAUGAAGUUGAUUAUGACGCUGUUCGUGCAUCACCCCUACUUGGCUGCUUUGACUGGACGGGUCUAGACUGACAGACCAAUGGAGCGGGUCGGGGAGGUGGACGUCUCUUUUCUGCUGGACCACGAAAGAGAAAUGAUCUUGAAGGUGCUCCAGAAAGAUGAAAAACUGCGGAAACGAGAGGAGAAGAGGAUACGCAAGCUGAAAAAUGAGUUGCUGGAGAUCAAGCAGAAAGGUUCCCGUCCAAACCAGUACUCUGGGGAACGCCAGUGUGGUCGCUGCAUGAAGAAUCUGGGCCUGAUUUUUGACCGUGGUGAGAUCUGUGAGGAGUGCCACUUGCGCAUCUGCAAUGCGUGCCAUAUAACGCUGCCCCAGGGACACCAGUGGAGGUGUAACAUGUGUGCCAAAAUCUUGGAGCUGAAGGUGGUGACCGGCGAGUGGUUUUUGGAAGAGAGGUCCAAACGCUUUGAGCAGAAGAUGCUUUACAGUGACAUCGUCAAAGAGACCAUCCUCAACAGCCCCCCUGCCACAGACAGAAAGUCUCCAGACAGCACGUCAAGUGCGCCCGAAUCGGAACGAUCCAACACCCCCAGGACUGGCAGAAGUGGAGUAUGCGGUGCCGUAGCUGGUGCCAAGAGGAAAGGGAUGAAAAUGGACAGAAGAGGAGGCCACUCAUACCUGAAGCCAGAGGAUGGAGUCAACGGCGCCACUAUGUCAGACGGAGAUGCCCGAAGCACCAGGACUGGCCGCUCGGCUUCGACACCGCGCUCACCACGGGGCGGAAUCGUGGCGUUGGAGUCCACAGGGAUCCCAGCGAUACCCAACAACCUGCGUUCCCAUACUCUGGACAGAUCGUCCACACCCGGCAACAACCGGAGGGUCAGGCCUGACGGAGCAGAGAGCAUUGCCAGUUUAUACUCCGGUGACAGUUUGCCGAAGAAGACGUCCUCCGGCCAGCAGCAGAUAAACUGUGACACCCCCAGCAUUUGCGUGUCCCAGGCCUCAGUCUCCUCAGACCACAGUCACUCAGAGAUGGAUCUGUCAGGUCCAGGAUCUGAACCGAGCGAUGACACCCUCAGUCUCAGAAGCCGUUCAGUCCCGGGCCUCAACGAGACGGAGUUCUCUGAUGAGGAUGCGGAGGAGGACAUCGAUGCUCUGAUGUUGGCCCACAGCAAGACAGUCAGCCGACGCCUUAGCAUCGCUGUUUCAUCGUCUUCCACUCCCGGCUCAGAGAGAAGGUGGGGCUACCUCAGUGUCCCCGACUCAGAUGCUGAGACCAGUAGUAUUAACAGCACGAUGAGCAUGUACAGUGAGACCGGUGACUAUGGCAACGCCAGGGUGAGCGGUGAGAUCCUGCUGAACAUCAGCUACAGCUACAAAACCGGUGCUCUGAAUGUGCUGGUGAAAGAGUGCCACAACCUGGCAAUAGGAGACGAGAGGCGACAACGCACAGACGCUUACGUCAAAACUUACCUGCUCCCAGAUAAGUCGCGGCAGAGCAAGAGGAAGACGAGCAUCAAGGCAAACAGCAUCAAUCCUGCUUUCAAUGAGAAUCUGAGGUAUGUGAUCAGCCACUCACAGCUGGAGACUCGGACGCUGCAGGUCUCCGUGUGGCACCAUGACCGCUUUGGACACAACAGCUUCCUGGGAGAAGUGGAGCUGUCCUUCGAUUCCUGGGAGUUUGAUUCUCAAAUCGAGGAGUGGUACGCUCUGCAACCUAAGGCGGAGAGCAGUAUAGAUUCCACAAUGCAGUACAAAGGAGAACUGACAGUCGUGCUGAAGUACAUUCCUGCAGAGAAGAACCUCAUGCUGCCUCUAGAGCAAGUAGAAGGUAAAUGAGGACUAACUUAAAAAAGGUUCUUGAAAGGCAAGAAGGUGAGCAGCUUCACACCACCUAAAGGGGGCAUGGUUGAGCUGCUAGUCAAGGACAAGAACUUAACGGCCGUCAAGUCUGGCAGCACGUCUGAUCCUUUCGUUAAAGGGUACCUGCUCCCUGACAGUAACAAGUCCACUAAGCACAAGACGGAGGUGGAGCGGCGCACAGUGAACCCCCAGUGGAACCACACCUUCACCUACUGCGGCCUCCAGCCAGGAGACCUCAACAAUGUGUGUCUGGAGCUCACCGUCUGGGACAAGGAGGCCCUGGCCAGCAAUGUCUUCCUGGGAGGAGUCAGGCUUGGAGCUGGUACAGGUCAAAGUUAUGGAAAGGAGGUGGACUGGAUGGACUCUUUCGGGGAAGAACAGCGACUGUGGCAGCGCAUGAUAGAAAACCCAGAAGUUCCACUGGAGUCCACUCUGAUGCUGCGGUCGAGCAUGUGCAAGCACAACACAUGAGCCGGCCUGAAGCACAGACAGACAGUCCCAGAUCAGAGAGAGAAAGAGAAUCGUGUGACGAGAAAGAUAACAGGAACCGUUGCCUCCUGCCCCCUGAGCCGCAGAUUCCUUCUCCUGUCCAGAUCAGCCAGUCAUGCCUUACACACGCUCAUCCACACGUGCCCUCUGCCCUCCAGAACAUGUAGUCGUCAUGACCAACCACUGCUGUUUACUACUGUAUAUGAAGAACUUGUGCCGUAUGUAAAUGAAUCUGUCCAAUAAGCACACGGUGUGACUCCAGAUGUGUCCGUCCAUGUCUCAGUGAUUCCUGCACAACCGUCAUCUCUGCUAGUAGUUUCAGGUGACAUUUGCAAAGCGUCAGGUGACGUAUGAAACAUUCCCUUUACAGCCGAGCUGCACCUUCUUCCGGAUCACAGGAACAAGGUGUAUUCAUUCCAUUUUAAACAGCUGUGUACAGGGGUGGAAAGAAUAAUACUAUAUAGGAACUACUGUGCUACUCAAACAGUACUCUUAUUGUCCUCCUGCAUUACUGCCUGAGCAGAGUCAGUGCUGUGAUCAGGGUAAAGGAGAAAUAGUCCAAACCGUUAUUGUUACCGUGGGAGCCCUAACAUGACUUUGUGACUGUAUUUUAGAAACUUUUCCUGUAAGUGAAAACUUUAAAUCAGUCAUUUUAAUGGAGAAAAUCAAUUAAGUCAACCCACAUUUAACUUUACUGAAGUAACCUUAUUAUCAAGCACUUAUCUGCAUGCUUAUUUUUUUUUUUGAAUAUGUAUUUUUUAAAGCGCAUCUUAGGCCUUUUCUCCACAUAUUUUGAUUUUUGUUGUUGUUGUUCAGUGCCAAAUCACAACAUAAGUCAUCUCAGGGCGUUUACACACAAGUAAGGUCGAGACCUCACGCACCCGAUGAGCAAGCACAUUGGCAAUAAUAAUAACAAUAAUAAUAAGGGGAGAAAACUCCCUCAGUGUCCUUUUUUGUUUGUUUGUUUGCUUGUUUAUUGUUUUUCCUUACAGGAAGAAACCUAAAGCAGACUGGGCUAAGUGGGGUGGCCAUCUGCAUCCCUGAUUUACUGCUAUACCAAUAACAAAAUGUAUUAAUUUGACACUUUUUCUUUUCUGUUUCCAUCUAACAUAAAUCACUGAUUAGCGGUAUUGACAGCUUGGUGAUGUUAGCGACCCUGUUACUCCACAGUUACUGAGCCAAUAUGCCGGUCACAAUUUCUAAUGCCUGCACCUAAUCCAGUUGUUUAAAGAUGAUCCUCCUGCUUGGAUGACAGACAUUUCCUGGCACCAGGGUUCUUAGAACUGAUUGUCAAGUUAAAUGUGAACCACCAAAUCAUGGUGAAAUCGAAAAGACCAUGAAACAGUUGAGGGCGGGGUAAACUCCAGAAAACUGUGGCAUUGGAUCUGAGCUCCUCCAGGCAGGUGGAGAUUGUGUUCUCCUGGCAUCGCAAGCAAUCUUUGUUUAAAUCUGGCAUACGGGUAUCAUCGCUACAGAUUGUUCUCCUAAUUUGGAAUGGAUUGUAACAAGUGUAGGGGUAUCACACUGUGCCAGGGAAGGUGCUUGGAAGGACUAUCCUUAAUAGCAUUCAGUCCCAGCUACUUGCUGCUCAGCAACUGGAACAGCACAAGAUAACAACCAUCAACUGCAUUCUAGCCCUGCGAGCACUCAUACUCGUACUGUAGAAUGCAAGCGUGAAUACUGGCAGUAAGUCUAUGCAGCCUAUGACGAUUAUCACACAGCGUUUGAUUCAGUUGAUCGGAAUGCUCUCUGGGACAUCCAGAAAAAUUGUGGGAUCCCCAAGAAGUUACUGGACAGCCAGCCUACACUGAAUAAAGAAAAUAGUUGAACCAACUCAAUUGAAUUGUUUCAAUUGGUAACACCUGAAUGAAUUAAGUUCUUUGAACUUAAGUUAAGAAGUUAGAUUAAAUGUAACAUUAACUCCUAACCUGUUAGCCUUAGCUUGUUUGGGAAUUCCAAGACUUUCCCAAAGCCACAUCAUGCUGAUCUUGCCCUGCUCCACCUCUUUAGCUGGGAUCUAGGCAAAGUCAAGCACUGCCAAGAUGGUCACGUUUGGAUCAACCCCAUUUGAGCUUCGAACCAGCUGGUAUCACAGUUUAUGGUUGGUCCAAGAAUUACUUUUUUAAUGUGGGUGAAAUCUGAUUUUUUUUUAUUAUUAUUAUCAUUAUUAUUAUUUUAAGGACCAUAUUUUCCAGAGUAUAAGUCACACCUGCCAAUAAACGCACCUCGAAGAGGAAAAACGCACAUGUAUGUCACUACAGGGUAUUAGUCACAGCAGAGUAUAAGUCGCAGGACCUCCCAAACUAGUGAAAAAAAAAAACAACCUGCAACUUAUAGUCCAAAAUAAUACAGUAGAUAAACUGAUACUUGAUUAGAAGAGUACUUGCACUUAGUUACUUUCCACCCUUGCUUGUCUGAAAAAAAAAAAACGUAGCACAAGUCAGGUUACACAACUGACGUUAGGUUUGAUGUAACUCCACAUAAGAGUGUAAAGGUGUGAAAUAAAUGCUGCAUGGUGUCCGAAGAAUCAUCGAGAGUAGAACAAACAAAAAAACAAGGUUAGGUUUAAGCACUGAUCAUUACAGAUUUGUACAAUUUGGAGGACAAAUGUAGUUUUCGUAUAGGUCGUCGAGGACGGGGUCUGAGUGGAGAGUGAUUCAUCAUCGAGGCGACGUGGCCUUCAUCUCAGGGGAGCCGAGUAACGAGUCAGAGCGAUUUCACUGUGUCCCUGCCGGCUCGGCGGUCCACCGUCCCGUGAUGAAUCCGCUCGGCUCACCAAACUCUGAACACUGAAAUUGUUCUCCGUCGUACCCUUUUUCAUGUGGAAUGCCAGUUUGUCUGCUUGUCCUUGAUGAACCUCGUGCUCUGACCUCCCAGAGCAGUUUGAGAGUGCACAAUCACAGUCACGUAGUGUUUACUCAACAGCGUAGUUUAGAUUGAGAGGGCGCGUGCAAUACAUGUUAAAACUAUAGAUGUACAGCAUGUACUAUCUCUGUGUCUGGUUUCCUCGCAUCAGAUUCACUGUAAUCAAGCUUGUUUUCUCCCAAAUGUGUAAGAAUAUUUGAAAUAAACACAUCUUUCCAUAUCCUA